GAAUAACACUCAUUACGGUCGUUUUAAAGUACCAAGGACAAUAACCUACGACCUUGCAACUAAUUUAACUACAUUAGAACGUCUGAGGGAUGCAUGUUGAAUUAAUGAACUUGGAAAAUGCUGGUCUCCAGGACCGUGUUAUAGAUUUAGAAAAACGAAGUGCUGAACAAGCCAAUGAACUAGCUUGUCUAAGAAGCUCUUUGGCUGAUUGUCUACGUCGCUUAAAUCUUUUGGAAAGUGCUAGAGGUAUGAAAUUGCAUUCUUCUUCUCAAAGACCAGUUUUGCACAAUAAUGGCUCCAAUGUGACUAAAACUAAUUCACGUACUGACUCAUCCUAUUCAUCAAGACGACAUACAAGUUCUCGUAAUCCUACUUCUACUGGACAUCAAUCGAAAAAUUCACGUGACAGUUCAUUAGUUGUUCCACAUUCUACAACAACGAGUACAACAGCAAGAACUCGUUUAAAAAGUCCUCAAAGUGUUCGAUUAAGUUCAUCAUCAACUACUUUAAAUAAUCAAGCGGUUGGUGUUAGCGGUGGAACAAAUCAAACAAGACGAAAUCGGAUUACUAGUGCUAGUUCAGAGGAUAGACAAUUUAAUAAUUUCAAUAAUAAUAAACAUGAAGGUGACAACAAAACUUUAUCUAUGUAUGAAUAUAAUGAUAUGAUAAUGUCACGACAAAGUGAACCUAUUACUUACCAACAAAAAUCAUCCACUUUAAAAUCGAAUACAUCUUCACGAUAUUAUGAAGCUUCUAAUGGACCAUCUGGUUAUACAGUAUUUUGGAGAUCAGCUUAUGAUGGUGAAUUAGAUGAUAUAUAUCGAAUGAAUCAUUGUCAAAGUCCUACAAGUCAACAACACCAACAACAUUCUGUAUCUAUGUCUUCAUCAUUUCGGAAAAAUCAUACAGUUGCUCCACCUCCACCACCACCACCACCUGCUCUCCCACCAUCAUCUUUAUGUAUACCGCCAAAUCUUGUUCGUCGUGGUCGUCCAUCCUCUGGACCAUCUUCUUCAAUAUAUUAUUGUGCUAAUGAUUCAGAUGAUCGUUCUGUGCAUUUAACAUCAACUGGUCGUUCUCUUCAUCCUACUGCUUGGAAACCUGGUGGAGUAGCAAUAUGUCCUACAAAUCGAGAAACGAUUCCAUCAGUGAAUAAACCAUCAUGUAUACCCAAAUUUCAUGAUGAUGACUCCAAGGAAACUACUUAUUUACCAGGUGAUGGAAUCCUACGAUUUUAUAUUCGUGGACGUCCAGUCAAUGUUUAUAUGCCUACGCAAAUUAUGCAUAAUUAUGAUUUGUCAAUUCCAUUGAAAGCACCGGAUACGACGUUGAAACUGGAAUGGAUUUAUGGUUAUCGUGGGCGAGACUGUCGAAAUAAUUUACAUUAUCUUCCAACUGGAGAGUUAAUUUAUUUUGUUGCAGCUGUUGUAGUAUUGUAUAAUAUUGAAGAGCAAUGUCAAAGACAUUAUUUGGAACAUACUGAUGAUGUAAAAUGCAUUGCUAUCCAUCCUGAUCGUAUUACUGUGGCUACUGGUCAGUCUGCAGGACAUGAUAAACAGUUUGGAAAACCACAUGUACGUAUUUGGAGUUCAGUCGAUUUGAAAACACUGAAAAUUAUUGGUUUAGGCGAAUUUGAACGUUCAGUUUGUUGUUUGUCUUUUUCAAAAACGGAUAGCGGAGUUAAAUUAUGUGCAGUUGACGAAGCUACAGAUCAUGUAAUUUCAAUAUGGGAUUGGCAAAAAAGUCGCAAAAUAACGGAGACUAAAUGUUCCACAGAACCAAUAACAGCUGUUGAAUUUCAUCCAUUAGAUGAUGCAACCCUUGUAACUGGUGGUAAAGGUCAUUUAGCAUUUUGGACAUUUGAUGGAUGUACACUAAGUAAAAAGAUGGGAAUAUUUGAAAAUGGUAAACAGCCAAUCGAUAAACCGAAAUUUAUACUUUGUUUAACAUUUGCUGAAAAUGGUGAUCUACUGACUGGUGAUUCUGCUGGGAACAUUAUUGCAUGGAAACGAGGUACAAAUACAGUGAAUCAAAUAUGUCAAGGUGUACAUGAAGGCGGUAUAUUUUCAUUAUGUUUAACAAAUAAUGGACAUCUUAUAUCUGGUGGUGGGAAAGAUCGUCGUUUAGUAUUCUUUGAUGCAGCUCUUAAUCCAACUGGUCAUACUGAAGAAUUAACUGAAUUAUAUGGUGCUGUAAGAACUAUUACACAAGGUCCUGGAGAGUUGUUAAUUAUUGGCACAACAAAGAAUAUGAUACUACAGGCUGGUCCUGGUAUGGAAAUAAGUCCUUUAAUGUUUGGUCAUUCUGAAGAAUUUUGGAGUCUUGCUAAACAUCCACAAGCUCAUCAAUUUUUAACUGGUGGACGUGAUCAUUUAGUAGUUCUAUGGGAUUCAUUAUCAAAACAAGCUAUUUGGUCAAAAGAAUUCACUGAUGCUAUACAUUGUGCUGCAUUCUAUCCACUUCAAUCAGUUUCAAUAACAAAUGGGACUAUGAGUCCAGUUAAUAAUAAUGAUAAUAAUAAUAUUAAUGAUAAUAAUAUAAUUGAUGAAACAAAUAAUUUAGAUUUCAAUGUAUCAAUGAUGAAUUCACAUGAUUUAUUAGUAGUAUUAGGCACAAGUACAGGACGUUGGUUAGUAUUCAAUUGUUUAAAACAAGAAAUAAUUGCUGCACAUUCCGAUGGACUUGGUGAACAGAUCGAAUGUGUUGCAUAUUCACCUGACGGAAAUUACUUAGCUCUUGGUUCACGAGAUAAUGUUAUUUAUGUAUAUAAUGUGUUAGAACGUGGCUACAAAUAUAAUCGUGUUGGACGAUGCUGCGGUCAUAGUAGUUUUAUCCUGCAUAUUGAUUGGUCUGUAGAUGGGCGAUUUUUACGUUCUGUAUCAGGAGAUUAUGAAAUACUGUUCUGGACUGCAUUUGAUUGUAGACAAGUUGUCUCACCUAGUACACUACGUGAUUUAGAAUGGGCUAGUCAAACAUGUACACUUGGUUGGGAAGUAGCUGGAAUUUGGCCAUCUGAUUCAGAUGGUACUGAUGUUAAUGCUUGUGAUCAUAGUCCAACUGCUGAUAUUUUAGCUACUGGAGAUGAUUAUGGAAAAGUUAAACUAUUCAAAUAUCCAACUAAUAAACCAAAGGCUGAAUUUCGUGCUUAUAAUGGUCAUUCAAGUCAUGUGACAAAUGUAACAUUUUUAUAUGAUGGAUCUAGAUUAAUAUCUAUUGGGGGCAAAGAUACAGCUGUAUUACAAUGGGAAGUAUGUAUUUAACACAUGAUAUUAUAUGAUAAAUACAUAUUCAUCAUUUAUUUAAUCAGUUUCUUCUUCUUCGUCUUCUUCUUCUUCUUCAGUAUUGUUCAUAGUUAUUAUUCUCAUUUUCUAUUCAUACUCUCAUCAUAUCAUCCAUCUACAACUCAAUGGAUACGUUUGAGAGCAAUAAAAAUAAAAAAAGAUUCAUUCUAAUGCUGUCUGUAUGGUUUUCUGAUGCCUUCAAAUUGAAAUGUAUUUGUCAUAAUCAUUCAUUAUUCAUAAAGUAUGAUCAUAUCUGUGUGCAAUACAUUUACAAUUACCAGAAGAAUACCAUUUAGUAUAGUUAAUUUAUUGUUAUAGUCGAUAACCUCACUUCUUAUUAAAAUUAUUAACAUGUUUGUUUUGUUAAUGUUACUAUUUCUCUCCACCCCCACCCCCCGAAAAACGCUUGUUUUUCUUUUUUUACAAAUAUACCAUAUUAUUAAAUUGUUUAUUGAUUUAUUUAUUGAAAAAAUAAAAAUAAACGGCAUCGUUUCCUCGUGAUAAAACAAAGAAAUAUAUACUACUACUGUUUACUCACCUACCUAUCUAUCUACCUAUCUACUUAUCUGCUUACUUACUUGUCUCUUCUCAUACUUAUCGAUGAUUUUUCCUCGUUGCUCACUUUCUCGUUUUUGUUUUCUUUCUUAUUUUAUCAUCAUUCGUGACAUUUUAGUUUUGUUAAUUUGGGUAAAAAUAAUUGUCAAUUUUUUGUUUACAUGAAGCGAGUAUUAUUAUUAUUAUUAAUUAUUAUUAUUAUUAUUAUUAUUAUUAUUAUUAAAAUCCCUGUAUUUGUGAAGUCGAUUAUUUCUGUUUCCUAAAUUUUUACACUAAUGAUGUUUAUAUGUUAUUAAAAUGGGGGGAAAAAACCUUGGGAAUGUACACAUACACGCACGCACACGCUCAUACACUUACUUACUUACGCCUGUUACUCCCGAUGGAGCAUAGGCCGCCGACCAACUCAUACACACACACACACACAUAAAUACAUUGGCAAAACUACAUAUUAUACACUAAAUGUGUUGACUGUUAUAUUGACUUUUAUCAAUGUUGACAACAUUCGAUAAAAGAAUGAAACAAAACAAAAAAGGUAAUUAACAAUGUUUUUUUCACAGGUUCUAUUUUGUUUCUUGUCUUUAAAAUUUAAUACAUUUACUGUUUACUAUCUGCAUUCCACUCUAUUUCCUUCUAUUACUUUAUACAGGCAUAUAGAGAUUUGAUUUUAAAUGCAUUCAUUGUUUGUAUUUCUAAUAAUAAUAAUAAUGAUAAUGAGGAGGAGAACGAGAUUUUUCUUUGUGUGGCUUUUUGUUUGUUUUCUUCAUAAGUUCUAAUCUUUCUUCUCUAUCGAUAUUGUGUGUAAAUGGGCGAAUUGUUAUAAAUGAAUGGAGUAUGGUUUUCAGUUCUGUUCCUUCUUCUUCUUCUUCUCUUUGUGGUCAUUGGUUUAUAUACAGAAAGAUGUUUUAAAACAAUUCAUUAUUCUAGUAAUAUUAUAUUAAUAUAUAUAUGUUGUAUUCAUAAAUUAUGGCUAAGAAAAUGUCAUAGAUAGUUUUUCUUGGUGCCUGUGUAUGUACUACUUAAUUUGACUACUAUUUAUCGACACCAUAUAUAUAGACAGAUAGAUGGAUUUCUUGACUUUAAUUAAUGUUUCCUUCUAUAGUUUAUUUAUUUCAUUGUUUGUUCUUGACAUUGUCGACUACAUGUCUUCUUCAUACUAUACAUACACAAAUAGAUAGAUAGAUAUAUAGAUAGAUCAGGUUUAUGUGGAUCAAUUUCAAUUGUGUUUUCCUCUUUUGAUGUUCAUUGUUCUUUCAUUGAUUAUAACAUUGAAUUUUGAAUUUGUGCAUAAUUUGUUUAAAUAAUGCUCAUUUGAUCUUUUAAAAAUGAAAUAAAUUAUUUUUUUCUUCUAUAGUAUAAUGGAUGUAUUCUGUUAGUGGUUAUUACUUGUAGUUAAGUUUGUUGAUCUGUAAAGUUUAAAACUAUCUAUUCAAUAUUGAUUAUAUUUGGAAAUAUGAACCUUUGGAUGUUAAAACAAUGAUCUAGAAUUGUAACUUACUUCUUUAAAGACUUGAAGAUCCUAGGUUCAUCAUAUUUAAGAGGAUCCAGAGUACACUCUGUUAAUGAGAGCUGAACGUAAAUCGUUUUCAAAAGACUAUAUGAUAUGAAAUUUCACAUAACCAGUCUUGUUCACAACCUGUUAAAUUCUAAGGUAAAUAUAUACAAGUAUAAUAUCGUUACAGAGUAUUUCCUGUUAUGUAAGCGCUGUGUUUGACAAAUAUUAAUUAAGUUAGCUUCUAAAUAUUGUUCUAGUAAAUAGAUAUCCAACAACUGAC